ACUAAGAGGAAAUAGCUAAAUAUUAGCAUUGUUGUUAUUAUUUUGAUUCUGAGUUAUCACUACUGGUAAAAUAACCAAUCGCUCGUUGCGGUUUACAGAACCUUAAGAACUACAAUUCCCAUGCCCUUAGCUGCGCGUAGGUCACAUCCGCUGGAACGGUUGGUGGUGUGUUUUUGAACGUGAGGAGCGAGGGUUAAGUGUGUAGCGAAUCUGCACCGUCUCAGCGCUGCCGUGUUGUGGUAAUGUUUGACGUAAACUUUUCCUGGUCCAACAAAGUGCUCUUUUUUUUUCUUUUUCUUUUUUAGUAGUUGUGAAUUUAAACAGCGGGACAGGUGUUACGAUGGCGACAGACAUUGUUGCACAGUUGGCCGACUCUCUGGCCAGUACGGGUGUAGGUGAAGGAGAGUUGAGCUACAAAGGCGAGGGAAGAAAGCUGGAUGAUGCAAAGUCUGUGGAGGAGAUGGUGAAGGAGAUCCAGGACUUUAAGGGUUUACAGGCCCUGAGGUUGGAGGGGAACACAGUAGGAGUGGAAGCAGCACAGGCCAUCGCUAAAGCUCUGGAGACGAAGAGCGACCUCAAGUGCUGCUAUUGGAGUGACAUGUUCACAGGUCGUCUACGCUCUGAGAUCCCACCUUCAUUGAAUUCUCUUGGCGAUGCCCUCAUGUUGGCGGGUGCCAGGCUGACUGUUUUAGACCUCAGUGACAACGCCUUUGGACCAGAUGGGGUAAAGGGCAUCGAGAGGCUACUCAAAAGCAAAGCCUGUCACACACUACAAGAGCUACGGCUAAACAACUGUGGCAUGGGCAUCGGAGGCGGGAAGAUCCUGGCAGCCUCCUUGAUUCAUUGUCAUAAGAAAUCCAGUGCGGAUGGUGCCCCCCUCAGUCUGAAGGUGUUUGUUGCAGGGAGGAACCGACUGGAGAAUGAUGGAGCCACAGUCCUCGCUCAGGCUUUCCAGUUGAUGGGCAGCCUGGAGGAGGUGCACAUGCCCCAAAAUGGCAUAAAUCACGCAGGGGUCACGGCCCUGGCUACAGCAAUGCAGCACAACACUGGUCUGCGCAUCCUUAACCUGAAUGACAACACCUUUACAGAAAAAGGUGGCAUUGCUAUGGCUAAGGCCCUGAAACACCUCCGCAGCAUCCAGGUGAUCAACUUUGGAGACUGUCUGGUGCGGCCAGCAGGAGCCAAAGCUAUAGCAGAGACAGUAUCAGGGGGUCUGCCCAUUCUCAAGGAAUUGAACCUGUCGUUUUGUGAAAUCACAGAGGAAGCAGCUCUGAUUGUGGCACAGGCAGUAAAGGACAAAGAGCAGUUGGAGAAACUGGAUCUAAAUGGAAACUGCCUCGGAGUUCAUGGCUGCAGAGCUCUGAAAGACACCAUGGAAGCCAUGAACAUGAGCGAGCUGUUAGGGUCUCUCAGUGAUGAUGAGGGUGAGGCAGACGAUGAGGAUGAAGAUGAAGAUGAGGAGGACGUGGAUGAAGAAGAAGUGGAGGAGGAAGAGGAAGAAGAAGAAGAGGAGGAAGAAGAUGAAGAGGAGAGCAGUGUCAGCAAGUUGUCCACCCCGGUGAUUUCCUCUCGGCCACCAGACGUCUCGUCCUUUCUCAGCUUCCCUUCUCCAGAUAAACUACUUAAACUGGGAGCCAAGCGCGCUCUGAUGAUCGAGCAGCAGGUGGACGUAACAGAUGUGACCAAAACCGCUGAAGCGUUCCUCAAGAUUGCAUCUGUGUACAAAGAGGAGAAUAACGAGGUGAAGAAUGCAGUGCUGGAGAGCAUUGAUAAUCUUCUGAAAAAAGCUUUUCUAAGUCCGUCCUUUCAGGGCAUCAGUUUUGUGUCAUCCUUGUUAGUGCUGCUCGGACUUAUCAAGAGUGAGGACAAAGUGAAGCCAGUGCUUAUGGUUCCCGGACACCUCCACGUCCUGGAGCACGUGGUUCAACAGGAGUACUUCCCCAAAGAGAACGUGACUGUGCUGGAGGCCUUCUUGUCUCGAAACAACAAGGCUUUGGAGUCAUGUGGCCACGCAAAGAACAGCCUCCAAUCAACACUUCAGAGAAUACAGUCUCUGAGCUGAGGACAGUGGACACAUUAACUCACACUGAAAUUUAAAUAAUCAAUGGUGGAUGACUGUUGUCCCACACUAAACUGGACCUAAAUAGAAGUAAAUGACAUGUUUUGGGUGCAGUGGAUACUGUCCCAUGACUAAGAACAGGACUCAUACCCUCAUGUUGUUUUAUUAAGACAAAGCUCCAGUUUAAAAUCUAUGGUUUUCUAGUCACGACACAGGACUGAAGCACAGACGCCCUGACCAGAGUCGACCGCAGGACUUGGCUGUUGUACAUUUAUAUUUCACACCUAUUCUUAUUGUUCUGUGUUUUAUAAAAUAAAUAAGUAAAAUUAAAUAAAUACUGAGUUUUGUCUCAAAAUGAGACAAAAAAAAUUGAAUAAAUAUCAUAAGUACAGAGUAUUUUGAGUUGUGUUUCAACAGAAAAGUUUUGGUUGUGUGUGAAUUUAUCUUUUUAUUUUUUAUACAAAUGAUUGGUGGGUUUUUGUCAUGCAUUAAAGUAAAAAAAAAAAAA